UGUGGGUUGCCUUGCCUUGCCAGAUUCCAGAAUCGGCAUAAAGGCAAAAAGGGAUCCUAUCCCAACAAGCUUUUUUUGAAUUUUGGAUUUGCAACUGCUGUAUUAUUGCGUGCGCUCAGUUUGGAAUUGGCUUUGAAAUCUGAAAUCGCUAUAAAUAGCCUGUAAUUACUGUACCGAUUUCACCAUGGUCGUUACUGGUGAUAUGGCCGAAAUACAAUCUUGGGCUCUGUUUGCCGAGUUUGUUGCAAAGGAGGCAGGCGAGACGAUCCGCACUGCAAUGAAAGCCGAGAAGAACAUCACGCUGAAAUCGUCUGUUGUUGAUCUCGUUACGGAAACGGAUAAGGCAGUGGAGGCGUUUAUCAUUGACUCCCUAAAAGGGCGGUAUCCAGAUCACAAAUUUAUAGGCGAAGAGUCUGACGCCGCCGGUCAAAAAGCUGAGCUGACAGAUGCUCCCACCUGGAUCAUUGAUCCAAUUGACGGAACCACCAAUUUUGUGCACUCUUUUCCGUAUGUAUCGGUAUCCGUUGGAUUAGCCGUACAGAAGGAGCUGGUUGCGGGUAUUAUCUACCACGUAAUGGCUGAUGAAAUGUACACUGCCAUAAAAGGCGGAGGCGCAUUCUGCAACGGAAAUGCCAUCAAAGUUUCCCAAGCUACAGAAAUGGCUGGAUCUUUGGUUGUUACGGAAGUCGGAUCCGGUAGGGACCCAUCAAGGAUGGAUGCAUUUUACAAAAAUCUGGAAGCGGUAUUAGGCACCAAUGCGCAUGGUAUACGUGCUAUGGGAUCCGCGGCUCUCAAUAUGUGCAUGAUCGCCAGAGGCUCCGGCGAUGUGUGCUACGAGUACGGAAUUCAUUGUUGGGAUAUGGCGGCGGGAUACGUUAUUAUUAGGGAAGCGGGAGGAUUUUGUUGCGAUCCAACCGGGGGAUCCUUCAACAUGAUGGCGAGACGUGUUAUUGGUGGUGCUACCGAAAGCAUUUGUAAACAGCUGUCGGGAAUUUUGACUCACAUUGAGCUGGAACACGAUGGACGUGCGUCGGCCUCGUGAUCCGUUAAUUAAAAAUGAUGUAACACUCCUGGAUCGAUUCUCCAUCUAGUCAUUUCAACUUCCUUUUGGCUUGCUAGUUGGCUGUUGCCAAUUUGCUCUUGCUACUGAAUGGUUAAAGUUCAGUGCAUUCCAGUUACUUCCGGUUCAAGGUUUUAUUUUUCCUAUUAGUGGUGGCCACUGUCAGAGCCUCAGUUGCUGGUGAAAUCAUAGGAUAUUAAUUUUGUCAGUGUGCGUUGGGCGUUUUUAUUUUGAUAAGGUGACUGAAUGAUGGUAGACUUUAAUUGUUUUUCGGUUUAAAUAUGGCUUUUUUAAUGGUCGUGACUCGUGAGCACUUUGUUUUGUUGUGUCAUGAAAUGUGACAAUUUCAUUAAAAGCAUACACGUUGAA